UGUCCUUCUGCCCUUCUUUUCUCCAUCUCUCAUUACUCAUCCAUUCCUUCUUCCACUUCAGAGUAUCUUCUUCGAUUCUCUCUUGAAAGAGAUUUCACUUUUAUUCUUCCCACGCAUAAAAAAAAAGGAGCCCUUCAACGAGGAGCAAUACGCACAAAAAACAACAAUAUUAUUCAGGCACACGAUACCACCGUUUUAUUUGAUUCGCCAUGUCUGCAUCCGCUACCAUCAAGACCGGCAUUGCCCUGCCACCCAAGAGUCCUCACAAGGUUCCAAUCCCUGGCGAGCGUAACGUUCUGAUCACGUCGGCCUUGCCUUAUGUCAACAACGUGCCUCAUUUGGGUAACAUUAUCGGGUCCACCCUCAGCGCCGAUGUCUAUGCCAGGUACCAGCGUGUACGCGGGAUUAACGCGUUGUACAUCUGCGGUACAGACGAGUACGGUACUGCGACAGAGACGAAGGCCCUGUCGGACGGAGUGACCUGCCAGGAGCUGUGCGACAAGUACUAUCCCAUCCACAAACAGUGCUACGAAUGGAUGGAGAUUGAUUUUGACAAGUUUGGAAGGACGACGACGGAGGAGCAGACAAAAAUAUCUCAGGAUAUCUUUUUGAGAUUGUAUGAGCGUAACUUGCUCGUCGAGAAGUCUCUGCUCCAGUUGUACUGCAGCCAAUGCGACAGAUAUCUUGCAGAUCGCUUCGUUGAGGGAAUCUGCCCAAAGUGUAACUACGAUGAUGCUCGCGGCGACCAGUGCGACCAGUGCGGUAACCUGUUGAACGCGAUCGAUCUUAUUAACCCCCGCUGCAAACUCGACGGCAACCGCCCGGUGCAAAAGGAAUCAAAUCACCUCUUCCUGGAUCUCGAAAAGCUGCAGCCCCAAUGCGAGGCAUGGUUCGAUAAGGCCUCGACCGAGGGUCAUUGGUCUGCGAACGGCAAGGUCAUCACUCAGUCCUGGUUCAAGGAGGGUCUGAAGUUGCGCUGCAUCACCCGUGAUUUGAAGUGGGGAACUCCUGUACCACUCAAGGGAUGGGAGGGCAAGGUGUUUUAUGUCUGGUUUGAUGCCCCAAUCGGAUAUCCCUCGAUUACGGCGACGUAUACGAAGGAGUGGGAGAAGUGGUGGAAGAACCCGAAGGAUGUCAAGUUGUACCAGUUCAUGGGGAAGGAUAACGUGCCCUUCCAUACUGUGAUCUUCCCAAGCACGCUUAUUGGAACUGAAGAGGAGUGGACUCUCUUGGACAGCCUCAGCACCACUGAGUACUUGCAAUACGAAUCUGGCAAGUUCUCAAAGUCCCGCGGUGUGGGCAUCUUUGGCAACAACAUCCAGGAAACCGGCGUCCCUCCCUCAGUCUGGCGCUACUACCUCCUCUCGAACCGUCCGGAGACGAACGACUCCCACUACUUAUGGAAGGAUUUUAUUGCACGUAACAACAACGAGCUGUUGGCGAACCUUGGUAACUUUGUAAACCGAGUGAUCAAGUUCGUGAAUGCCAAGUACGACUCUGUUGUCCCUGCACUCGAGAGCGCGGCGGCACCGACGGACUCGGACGAAAAGUUGGUCCGGGAAGUAAACGAGAAACUAAAACUAUACAUCGAGGCUCUGGACAGUGUCAAGAUCCGUGAGGGAUUGCGUCUGGCGAUGGAGAUCUCAGCUCUGGGCAACGUGUACCUCCAAGAGAACAAGAUUGAUAACACGCUCUUUGCGGAGCACAAGGAUCGGUGCGACAGGGUGGUGACCACGGCACUGAACUUGAUCUACUUGCUCUCGGCGAUUCUCUUCCCUUACAUGCCCUCGACUUCGGACUCGAUCGUCCGUCAGCUCAACGCUCCCCUGCGUCUGUUGCCCGAGGAGCUCACGGUCGACGCGAUCCUUCCGGGACAUGUGAUCGGCAAGGCCGAGUACCUCUUCAAGCGCAUCGAUGAGAAGAUGGAGGACGUUUGGAGAAGCAAGUACGGAGGCAGCUCGUCCGAGCCUGCACCCGAGGACAAGAAGAAGAAGAGGAAGGCUGCCGCCAAGGCUGCAGCUGCCCCCGCUCCAGUCUUUGAGGGCGAGAAGCCAGCAGAAGUUCUUGCUCUCGAAAAGCGGAUUGAGGAGCAAGGCGCCCAGGUCAGGGACUUGAAGGUGGCCAAGGCCGAGCCAGCCGUUAUCCAGGCUGAGGUCCAGACCCUUUUGGGACUCAAGAAGGAUCUUACGGACCUCUUCGCCAAGCUGGCCAUCUAAAAGUGAAAUGACAAGGAAUAGACACUUUUUGUCUGGGACAUCCUUACAAUAAAUA